UAAAGAUCUGAGCUGUCUUCACUCAAUCUGCCUUCAAAAACAUCGAUUUUCAUCAUGAUAUGUUGAACUAAACUUCCAGAUAAUAGGCUUGGUUGAUCUGUAUGAUGUAUACAGAUAUCUUGAUUUAUAACGAGUACUUUAUCGCCAGUCAAUUUCUCAAAAUAUUGCAAAAACGAAUCAUCCAAAGCUUGAAGAACCCAAAAGUGUAAUAUUACAAACUAACAGGAUGUCGCAGGCUGAAGUUGAUCUACGGGCAAGGACCGAUAUGACCAGAAACCAAUGGUCAAAUGUACCAGGUCCAGACGUUGGUCAGAACACAGCAGUUUCUGUAUCCCAGGCGUCCCAUGUCCAAGCUCAACAUCAGAAUGAAAUGUCAGCAAGUGCAACGCCCUCAGUGCAAGGAUUGGAGCAGGUCGCUCUGACUUCCCCGACAGGUAACCCAGGUACAAGUACAAGUUCGGAUGAAGCACCACCACAGGCACAAUCGGUUAUUUAUCAGUGUCAGCACUGCUCGUUGAUGUUCGUGACUGAAGCCGAGAUACGCGUGCAUCUGCAAAGUCAUCUAGCACCCAAAACAUUGAAAGAAACCGAUCAGAGGCAGUUGACAAAACAUCCCCACGUCAAGAAAAAUAAACAAAUCGACAAAGAGAAACAAGCGCAUGUCUUUCUGACAAUGAACCCUCUGAAAAAAUUCGAAUGCAGAUACUGUCUGGAAAGUUUCCAAGACCUCGAAGACUUGGAAUCGCACAAACUUAUUCAUAUGACCGACGAAUUCGAAUGUCUCACCUGUGGCAAAUUUUUCUCGGCGAAAACCGCCUUAACUUUACACGAGCGUGUUCAUACAGGAGAAAGACCAUUCGCUUGUAAGAAAUGUGGAAAAGCAUUCGCACAACAUCAGCAUUUAGUUUACCAUGAGAUGUCGCAUACUGGUGAGAAGCCGCACUCCUGUCUCGUUUGUGACAAAAGAUUUGUCCACCAGGCGGCUCUCAAUAUGCACAUGCGCACUCAUACGGGUGAGAAACCAUACGCGUGUGAUCUUUGCGGGAAACGGUUCAAGCAGCGCCAGCAUCUUUUGUAUCAUGGACAAACACACAUGACGACGAAAAACUUUCAUUGUGACGAAUGCGGGAAAGAUUUCUCGCACGCGUCCUCGUUGAAAACCCAUCAGAAAAUUCACGCCGGAGUCCGGCCUUUUGAGUGCAGCAUCUGCAAUAAGAAGUUUAUACAAAAACAGCAUAUGUUGUAUCACAUGGGUAUUCAUACGGGUGAAAAACAAUUCAAAUGCAACUUGUGUGAGAAGAGCUUUGUUCAUAAUGCGGCAUUGAAGGCGCACAUGCGUAAUAAUCAUUCGGACAGCUUUACCGAUUUUACGUGUGACAUUUGCCAACGUGAGUGCGCGAAUUUGUCAUCCUUGCAGUCCCAUUUCCGACUUCACUCAGGAGAACGGCCAUUUUCUUGUUCGCUUUGUGAGAAAAGCUUCACGCAGAAACAGCAUUUGGAGUAUCACAUGGUGACGCAUACAGGUUUGAAGAAGAUCCAAUGUCGGCUCUGCCAGAAACGUUUCAUUCACAAGUCUGCGUUCAAAACGCAUAAUAAUAAUAAACAUGACGGUGAAGGAACGUUUAGCGUGGAUUGUCUAAAAUGUGGAUUAGCUUUUGAUGACGAAAUAAUGUUGAAGACGCAUCCAUGUCGAAAGUUCGAUGAGGAGGAGCAUAAUGCUUCUGAAACUGUGAUAUCGAAUCUUGCGUCCUCAGGUCCUGAAGAUUCUGAACCUGCAAGUUCUUUGUCGUUGAAUACAUCCAGCCAGUCUGGUGAAAGCCAUUCUGAGGGCGCGCCACAGCCUUGCGGGAUUAUGGAAACUGAUGCUUCGCUGUGUUCCGAAUGUGGUAAAUUCGAAAAGGACCAUGUGGGUUCUCAUGUCUGUGUUAACUUCUGCAAAAUCAAAGAGAUAACAAAAUGCAAAAACCCUGAGCCCACAGAGAGUGAGGCCACUUCCAACAAGACUGAACAGACACCAGUCAAAUCUGUAAGAAUACAAGAACCAGAAAACUUGGACAGAAAGUCUGGGAAAAGUGUAAAGAAACUUGGAAAAAGUUCCACAAAAGCUAUAAAAAGUCCUUGUGAAUCAGCUUCCACCAAGAGAAGUCUAGGUAAAUCAGGGGAGGUUCCACCACCGAAAGUGAAAAAGUCUCGAAAGUCGUCAAAACCCAAACAGGUUGUUCCCACAUGUACUACGAGUGCCAAUGUCUGUGCGGCUGACUCUGCAAUGUCUUACAAGUGUCUUGACUGUGGGUCGACCUUUGUGGAUGUAAGCGACCUAAUCACACAUGUCCAUUCUCAUGCUAAAAAGCCACAGGAGCCAGCACCACCCAAAAAAUCUGCUGUCGAUUCUGAAAUUGAUGAUAAAAGUUCAGACUCUAAUUCUAUGGACAGGACGGGUGAAUUCGAAUGCCCUGAGUGUGAGGAAAAAUUUUCUAGGAUGUCUGUCCUACAUGCACAUUUGAGGAAGCAUUCAGUUGAGCAGCCUCUUUUGGCAAGUUAAGUGCUGCUGCUCAAGAUACAUCAUAGCUAGACCACAUUCGAAAGUCGGCCAUGAUAACAAAUGCCCAAAACAUGAUACACCUGUACACAAUGGUACAGGUAGGACAUGUAUUGCGCAUUUGUUAUUGGAAGAGGAUGAACACAGCAUGCUGUGUAUGCAACAGACAAUAGUUUUAUAUUCACAGCAUUUUAUAUUAAUAGUCAUUAGGCUCGUUAUAAAGCCCCACCUCCGAUUUUAUGCUACCUGCUGUGAAUCCUAGCAACAUUUUCUCUUGAAUACACAACAUGCUGUGAAUACAAUGUACAGGCACGCGCAUUGUCUAGAGUACACAGCAGACUUCGCCGGCUGGAGAAAAUUGUUUUGGCCAUAUGGCACACGUGCCAUCCAAAAACCGGGGCUCCAUAUGCCUUAGAUUUACUUGGGGGUCAUAGCCAGAUGUAGAAUGGGGUCAGAAAAAUCACAACGGGACCAUUUUUUCUCCAGCUGACAUCAUCGAUGACGCGGUUAUGUUAAUUCGCCUCUGCUGUGCAUGCAACCAACUUGUUCCUGGGUACACAGCAGUCUGCUGUGUACAUAGCCACUCAUUUGUUAUUACUCACUAGCAGUAUAACCUCUUUAUUAAGGACACUCUUGGGACUGACAAAUACUGUUCUUAACGGAGAGGUGUCCUGAUUACAGUGGUCGAUUUCAAAUGGAAACGACCAUUUUAGGACCAUAUGCAGUGCCCUUAUAAAAUGGUGUCCGCCAAGGGGGCUCCACUCACUGUACAUAAAGUCCAAUGAUGGCCACUAUUGUAGUUGAUAGAUAUCAUUCUAUAAACCCAUAACUUUUACUUUGUCACAUACAGGGAUAAUUUCAUUGAAUUUAAAUUUAAUCAAUUAAGAUCAACAUUGAUGAAAAGACGAUAGUGUGUUGAAAAGACAGAUUGACUUAAAUAAAUAAGACUGGUGACCCAAGACAAAAAAAUUGCCUUUUCACCUUUCGUCUUCGAUUUCAUAGUUGUCAUACUGUCUGUGAGGGUUAUGAUUUAUUCCACCACUGUAUGCUUCUUAUGUAGCCAGUUCUACCGCAUCCUCAAUGGUGUACAUAAUGUAUGAAGUUUAAAGAGUUUGUGUUCUUUUUCAUCUUAUUAGCUUUUCACUCCUCAAGAAUGGCAGUGGUCUUCUGUGAAUGAAGACUAUGGAUAUGAAUGGCAAAAAAGAUGCCAUUCCGCAUUCCAGGUUUGGGAAUAACCAAUACUUGGAAACUACUUCACACUCACACAU